GUCCUGCCACCCCUUUGACAUCGCACGCUUCUCUGGUCAUUGCACCGUUAUACGCUGAAGACUGUGCUACUUUGGCUUCCUUGACGACUGAACCACCGAUAUAGCGUAUCCUCACACACAAAUAGACCCGAAUUGGCUUGUAAAACACUGUCUCGUGCUGCCCCUCCUUGUUCUUCUCCCAGUGUGCCCCUGAUGUCGACGAGCCACAAGUCUGAGAAUAUCAAGCAGUCCCCUACUCGGACGAGAAGACGCUCCAGUAUCAGCCUGUCGGCCAAGCUACAGCUCGAGAAUACGAUGCUUCUCAACUCCGUCCCGGUGAACUACCCUCUGUAUGCGAUCUCUGAGCAGACGAGACGUUACAUCCCGCAGUCGCAAAGAGAACUCAUCUCGGGCUAUCUCGAUGAGCCACACACGACACAGAGCGUGAUCCAGAGAAAGAAGUACUCCACCAACAUCGACGAGAGAAACUUCAUCUCUGUGUAUGAGUACCAGAUAAACGACCACUGGAUCAUCUGGGACUAUAGCACCGGGUUUGUGUUCUUCACGGGGCUCUGGAAAGCGUGCGGGAAUACCAAGACCGAUAUCGUCAAGCUCGUGGAGAACUUCCCUUCCCUGCAAACCUGUGUCAGAAGAAUCCGUGGUGGGUUCUUGAAGAUCCAGGGCACUUGGUUACCAUACGACAAGGCCCGGGAGCUUGCAAAGAACUUUAGCUUCAACAUCCGCUAUUGUCUCGUGCCAAUCUUUGGAGAUUCAUUUCCAGAUGAAUGCUUGAAGCCUACACAUCCAAACUUUGGUAAACUAGUUGAUAUCAAUGCCCCGCCUGUGGUUAAACAGCGCCGUCGUUCCACCGCUAACCACAGCUCAUCAGCUAGCCAUACGAAUAACAAGACGGGUUUCAAACCUAGAAGAUCGCAUAGCCAGUCUGAGGCGAUGUCUAGGAAUACGCCAAUCGUGGAGUUACAAGAAGUGUUGAAGGCUUCGAAGCAAUUGCACCAUUUAUCAUCGAGCCAUAUAGUCAUUUCUCCUCGGUCAUCGACUUCCCUGGAAAACUACUCUCUGGACCGUGAACGGUUAACCAGGAAACGGACGCCUUCUUUCAACUAUGGUGGAUUUGUAUGGUCGUGGAACGACUUGAAGAUAUUGGGCAAAGAUGACGAGCACGCCGUCAUCGAUGAAGAUGAAACAUCGGUUCAUCUAUUACCACCAAUAUCACACAAGGGGAACACGGAAGUUACAACUAACUUCCCCACCCCGAUGUCUAGCGCACCUCAGCUGAGCACUGCUACAACAAACAGUCCAUCUGCCCAUAACCAGGGUUCAUCCUCGUAUAUAAGCGAUAUGACUCCAAAAUCAUACAACGGGUAUGAGACUGUUGUCAAUGCAGCACAACAGUUGUUGUGCUUUUCAAACUCAAGGGGCGAUGGGGAAGUCGUUAACACCCCUAUAAAGGAUAAGAUGGACAUUGGCGGGCUGUUGAGCUGAACGUCUUGCCAAUUGUUACAGGUUGUGAUGGUUUCCUCUUAACGCUUUCUUGGUAUGCAAUCAACUGUUGCUAUAAUGCUUUGGUUGUGUGUGGCUCCUCUUCUUUUUGUUCUUUGCUUCUUCGUUUAUUUCCCUUUAAUUGUUGGUUUUCUUUUGUUUAUUUUUGAUGGUUGGUUUGAUGGCUUUAAGGAUUCAUUUUAUAUAAACGUUACGGUUAUUAUACAUUCGU